AUGCCAUCCAGAGUUACAUUGUGGCGUCGCAAAAAACGACUUAAAGAGCUUUUAAGUCAAAGAAUAAUGACCAAUGCUUCACUAUUUGAUGAAAACUUGCUUGAUUCAACAUCUUCAACUAUUUCGAAUGAUAAUAAUGAAGAAGUCUCACAUCAAGCAGAUUCUUUGAAUCAUUUCGAGAGUCAGUCUGAUUUUUCGACUUCUAAUUGCUAUUCUGACGUGCAAAUAGCGGAAAAUGGAUCACAAGAUGUAUUCGAUGCUUACGAUGACCAAAUGUGGCUUGAUGAACGUGUGCUAAAUGCUAUUGACCCUUGGGAAAAUGUAGAAAUUGAACCAAUAUUUCAAUAUCCUGUUCUGGAGAAAGAAUUUUUAUUUGCCAAUAGUAGUCAGCAAGUCUUAUCGUUAAAUCUUUUAUUAUGUUAA